AUGGCGACGACGGCGCGCGCGACGGGAGGCGCGAGCGCGCCGAGCGCGCGGCGAGCGCGCGGCGAUCUCGAGCGAGGGGCGAGGUCGAGCGCGCGAGCGCGGGCGAGCGCGAGUUUCGAUGAUGACGUCGAUGGCGACUCGAACCGUCACGACGGCGACGUGGGACAGUUCCUCGGAGCGAUGAUUCGAGGCGAGCGCGGACGCAAGCUUCCCCCGGGACGCGUCGGGUUAUUCGGGUGCAGGGAGACGCUGGAAUACGUGACGGAUCCGAACGGUUUCGUGCGCCGGCGGGUCGAGCGGUACGGGCCGACGUUCAAGACGGCAAUGUUCUUCAAGCCCGCUGUGGUCUUCGGGAGUAAAGACGCCGUGAGAGAGUUUUUGACGUUUGAGGCCGAGUUACCCGCGGAUGAGGCGCUUCCGGAAACGUUUCGCGAGCUUCACACCGAGUACGGAGCGCUGCGGAUGUCGGGUAAGCGACACCAAGCGACGCGCGCAAAUUUCAAACGCGUCUUAGGGAGAUUCGCGCUCGAGACAUACGCCGAAACGAUCGGAGAACGCACGCGAGCAUUCGUAGAAGAUUUGUCGGGUCGGAGUCGGAGUAAGAGCGAAGAGAAUGGCGAGAAGGUAGUCUCAUUCAGACCAGGCGUCGAGUGCGUCGAUUUUGCCCUCGAUCUCCUGUUCGAACUCUUCUUAGGACACGUCCCGGAUGAGCGAUACAAGAGAGCGAUGGUCGCGUAUAACGCGGGUCUGCUUUCCUUGGGCAAGUGGUCACCCGAGUUCAAAUCUGGUCGUACCGCGUUGGAUGAGCUUGUCAGGUACUGCGAGAAUCACUUCCGCAGCGUCGUCGCAGCGAACGAGCUCGACGAUCCGAAGUACUUCUUCUACAAACAGUACUCGACGGCAAAGGACGAAAAUGGAGAAACAUUUAGCGACGAACGAAUCGCGACAACGUGCGUGUUAAUGGUCUGGGGAGCAUACAUUGAAGCCGCGGCGCUCAUGGGACACGCGUUUACGUUACUCGGCGAGCACGCCGAUACUCGUCGCGCGGUCGCGCAUGAAUUCUCCGACGCGGUUUGCUCUCCCAUGGAUGGAUGCCGUCGCAUCGCCACUCUGGAUGAUAUCAUGGCUCUGAAGUUCACCAACGCUGUUACAAAGGAAAGCCUUCGUGUGAUGCCACAGACUGCGGGCGGACUCAGAGUGAAUCCGUCGGACAGAAGCUUCGACGGGUACGACAUUCCGGCCGGAUACGUGCUGACCGCUGAUCCGAGAAUUCCGUUUCGCGAUGAAGCCAUCUUUCCGGAUCCCGACGAGUUCAAACCCGAGAGAUUCAUUGCCGGCACCGCAGAGGCGGGCGCAAACAACGUCGCAAAUGACACCUUCUUUCCCGGAGGCAUGGGGCAGCAUCAAUGCCCCGGAAUCAACCUCGCCACGGUAAUGACGAGUGUGUUUCUCGCCGAGAUGAUGUCGACGUUCGGCGAUCGAGGAUGGCGAGAGAAGACGGAGAAGCGUUAUGUGACGGUCCCAAUUGUCAUUCUCGAUCCAAGUUACGAGGUGGAACUCUUCGUGUGA